AUGACGUACCGUGGCCAGGGUCGAAAAGUGCAGAGGGUGAUGGUGCAGCCCAUCAUCCUCAUCUCCAGAUGCUUGCAAAAUAGAUCUCGGAUUCAGGUGUGGCUUCAUAAGCAAGCGAACAUGCAGAUAGAGGGCUGUAUCAUUGGUUUUGAUGAGUACAUGAACCUUGUAUUAGAUGAUGCCAAAGAGAUUCAUUCUAAAACAAAGUCAAGAAAACAACUGGGUCAGAUCACGUUAAAAGGAGAUAAUAUUACCCUGCUCCAAAGUGUCUCCAAACUACAAAUGAUCAAUGAAACCUGUCAGCUAAAGGAAAUUGAGAGUUAUUGA